AGUUAUAACUGGUGUCCCUCCUCCUCUAUCCUUAUAUUCAAUAAGCCUGUCCUCCCUCUGUUCUAUCUGUCCCUCCGUUCUAUCUGUCCCUCCGUUCUGAGUCGUCAUGUUGUCCAUAGUGGUGGAACACAUCUUUCUCUUGGUCAUCGUCACUCUCAUUAGCGUCCUACAGAAUGCUUUCUUUGCAACAAAGGUAGAGAGGGAGGGUAAAGAGCACAACAACAAAACUGCUUUUGAGAGAGUGUCCUGCGCCAAUCGUAACUGUAUGGAUUCCUACCCUACCUUCCUAGCAGUGAUGUGGUGUGCUGGGCUCUGCCUUAACCAAGCUCCUGCUGCCUUCGCAGGGAUCAUCUACCUGGUGGCCAGGCAGAAGUACUUUGUUGGGUACAUGGGUCAGACAUCUCAGAGCACUCCAGGGUUCCUGUUUGGGAAACGCGUCCUGGCCUUCCUCAUCCUGAUGUGCAUUGUGGGUAUCUUCAACUUCCUGCUGGUGCGUUACCUCGGCAACGACUAUAAAGACACCAUGGAAACGAUCACCAACGCAGCCUCUGCUCUACUCCUCAUUCCCUGAACUACAGCAGUGACUAUAAAGUCUGUUUUGUGUCUGUGUUGAGGUACUACUGAAAGUGACUAUAAAGUCUAUUUUGUGUCUGUGUUGAGGUACUACUGAAAGUGACUAUAAAGUCUGUUUUGUGUGUGUUGAGGUACUACUGAAAUUGACUAUAAAGUCUGUUUUGUGUCUGUGUUGAGGUACUACUGAAAUUGACUAUAAAGUCUGUUUUGUGUCUGUGUUGAGGUACUACUGAAAGUGACUAUAAAGUCUGUUUUGUGUCUGUGUGUAUUUGCACAGCGCAAGGGUAGCAAGUGUGGUGAUGUGAUGGGUGAUUCAAUGUGGUGCAAUUAUCCACUUCUGUGCUCAAUCAUUUCAUGUUUUAUAUUCUUUAUUUUUUUAUUUAUUUUUGUCUGGGAAAUAAAAACACAACAGCUA